AUUAGUUGAUAAGACAGUUUUGGUUUUUUCGGAAGUUGAUAAAGAUUUGUAAUGGUAAGUAUAAAGAGGACUUCAGGUGUGUAGUAAAACAUUGUUUAUUAGCAAUGCGUAGCUUCAUCAUUUUACUAGCGGUGAUCAGUGUCGCUCUUGCGGCGUCGGUGCCUGCAGCAGCGCAGCAGCGUAUAGUCGGCGGCCGACCCACCACAGUCAACAAGUACCCGUUUGUUGCGAAUAUUCAAUACGAUGCAUUCGGCAUAGCAUUCAGCGCCACAUGUGGGGGAAGCUUGAUCAGUGCCACCGCUGUACUGACCGCUGCUCAUUGUGUUGCAUUUCCAGCCAGCUAUUAUUCCGUAAGACUUGGAAGCUCUGACCCAUUCAGUGGCGGAACCGUCUACAAUGUAACCUCAUACGUGGUCCACCCUGACUGGACAGGACUCGACGAGGGUGACGUGGCGAUACUGAAACUGGCCAGGCCUGUAAUAUUCAGUGACGUCAUAAGAGCUGCUCGCAUCCCAGCCAGUGUGUAUCCGAUAGCAGAUGGGACUGAAUUGACUGCGAUUGGUUGGGGCGAUUUGUAUGCUGGAGGUCCUGCCCCGGAGAUCCUGCAAGAAGUCCAGCUCAACAAAGUGAACACGUCAGUUUGCGCCGAACGCUACACAGCCCUCAACGCUACAUUAACUAGCCCGUUACCUACAGUUACUGAUAGAAUGAUAUGCGCUGGCACCGACGCCGGCGGCAAGGGUACUUGCAACAGAGACUCGGGAGGUCCCAUCAUUCUGAAUGACGACAUCGUAGUUGGAGUCGUCUCUUGGGGUUACUGCCCUGAUACAUCGUACCCCGGUGUCCACUCACUCGUCAGUGCCUAUAGUGAAUGGAUUGUUGAAAAUGCUUCUUCAAUGCAUAGCACUAUAACUUUCUUUACGGUGAUCAGUGUCGCUCUUGCGGCGUCGGUGCCUGCGCCAGCGCAGCAGCGUAUAGUCGGCGGCCGACCCACCACAGUCAACAAGUACCCGUUUGCUGCGAACAUCCAAAUCAAUGAGUUCGGCAUAGUAUGGGACUCCGCAUGUGGAGGUUCCUUGAUCAGUGCCACCGCUGUGCUGUCCGCUGCUCAUUGCUUCGGUUUUCCAGCCAGGUCAUACGGCGUUCGACUUGGAAGCUCUUCCGCUAUCAGCGGAGGAACCGUCUACAAUGUGGCUUCAUACGUGCGCCACCCAGAAUAUACCAAUCUUGUCGAGAAUGACGUGGCGAUACUGAAACUGGCCAGGCCUGCAAUAUUUAGUGACGUAGUAAAAGCUGCUAGCAUCCCAGCACGUGUAUACCCGAUAGCAGACGGGACUGAAUUGACUGCGAUUGGUUGGGGAAUUUUGAAUUCUGGAAGUACUAAGCCGGAGAUCCUGCAAGAAGUCCAGUUUAACAAAGUCAACACGGCGGUUUGUGCCGAACGCUACAGAGCUCUACACGCUAACACAACUCUUGAGAAUCGUAAAGUCACCGAUAGAAUGUUAUGCGCUGGCGGCGACGGCGGCAAGGCUACUUGCAGUGGAGACUCGGGGGGUCCCAUCUUAAUAAAUGGCGAUAUUGUAGUUGGAAUCGUCUCCUGGGGACACCCUAAUUGCUUCGAGCCGAUGUACCCUAGCGUCAACUCACUCGUCAGUGCCUUUAGUGACUGGAUCGUUGAAAAUGCUUCUUAGAUACGAUUCUUCUGCGUUAUAUAAAUAAAUACGUGAUAAUUAAA